AUGCGUCGGGUUGCAAGGCACUCCUCUGCACGAAACCCUGCACAUCGUUGCCGUUGGACACUCAACAGAGCAGGAGCUCUCUCUCAUUCCACGGAUCUACGCUUCGCCAGCAUGUGUCAACGUGUGAAGGAUGAGAUUGAUUGGGAUCUUGACUUCUCGCUCUUACCACACUCCACACAGGGCGAUAAAGUACACGAAGUACUGCAGUUCUGCGGUUCCCCCGCAGUCUCCACAGCGGCGCCAUUAGUGGAACGGCUGGAGGUGACUGUCAACUCCGCAGCUGUGGGAGUGGCGGUGACUCGCAUGUUUUGUACGGCGCCAUUUGCCGCCCUGCGGAGUCUUGAACUUACUUUGCAUGAUACGGCUUUUCUCUAUGAUAAUAAGACUCUUGCGGCGUUGUUUAACGCUGUUGCUGAAAGUGUCUCUUCGCAUCUUGAGUCAUUACGAAUUACAUUUGUUCUGACAGACAUGGAGCGUAGUUUGCAGUGGAGUCACGAAGCGAUAAUGUCUUUAGCCGCACUCAUCUCCACUGCAACACUUCAGGGAUUAUCUCUGGAAUAUUUGAACCUCUAUGGGACACGUGAAGAGGAUCUAAUUGUUAUCGCCAAUGCCAUCACUCAUUCUCAUACGAUGAAACAUUUCUCACUUCGUGGUUCUCGUAAUUUUAUUUCACGGGUUCCUUUUAUACGUUCUGUUAUUCUUGGUAUGCGAGAUUUAGAAAAUUUGGACCUCAACUCUACUUUACUUGGUGAUGCUCAAGCAGUUCAGUUGAUAACUUCACUAAAGGAAUCCAUUGGUGGAUGGUAUCGUCUACGUCGAUUGAGUCUUGCAGAGACAAACAUUUCAACUUGGGCACUGAAGCUUCUACUUCGCGAUAUUGCAGAACUUCCAUCUGGUGAAUCUGCAAAUCUGGAGUAUUUAGAUCUUAGUAGCAAUGGUAUAGAUGAUGAGGGAACAUUUGUUUUGGCUAGUUGUUGCAUGCGGUGUGAGAUGCUGUGUGAACUUCACCUUCGACAUAAUCGAAUUGCUAAAAAAAGUGCUACCGCUCUCGGUUCUGCUCUUAUUCCUGCAUCUUCAUUACAAUAUUUGAAUCUUCACAGUAAUCCAUUAGGUGAUGAAGGUCUUCAUAGUCUCCUUCAACACGCCAAGUAUUGGACGGAGUUGCGUUCUCUCGAUCUCACCCGUUGUCGACUAACGGCGCGCUGUCUCGAUACACUUUACACCGUAUUGCCUCUCUUUGAGAAGCUGCAGGAUCUUACACUGGACCGUAAUGAUAUGCGACCACUCAAGAGUUCAACACAGAGUAAUAACAAUGACGAUGCAGAAGGGGAUCUGGAGCUCUUUCCAUAUGAUCCCCGUUUCAUGCAAACUGGUCGUUACGGGAAUUCUAAGGUACUUACAUCCUUUGAACUUGACCGCCGUGAUGCUAAAGAUGGGCGAAAAAGAUUUAAAGGAACAGAGGUGUACCGUGAAGUGGAUGACACUAAUAAUAAUAAUAAUAAUAAUAAUAAUAAUAAUAAUAAUAAUAAUAAUAAUAAUGAUACGGUGUCGUUUGAGCGUUUUGGAUCUGCACUCUCAGGAUGCCGUGAACUUCGUCGUCUCUCACUUUCCGGAUGCUCCUUGACGGAUGCCUCCUUCACGGUGUUGGCUUCUGCAUUAGUGGUGCGUCAACUUUCGUAUCUUGAUUUGAGUGGUAAUCCCUUGUUUGCACAGAUGAAGAGUUUAGAAUCUCUUGCUGGGUUACUACGCCUUGCAAGUCCUUCACUACAAGAGCUUGACCUCUCCUGCACGGGUUUAGGAAGUAUUGGUAUCUCACUUCUAGCUGAUGAGGAGGAGGAACAAAAAGAAGGUGAAUCCGCUUUGCGUUCAUUAAAGGAACUUAAACAGUUGCGUUUAUCAAGUUCUUGUAUUGGAACAGAUGGGUUUGAGGCACUCACGGAUGCAAUAUCAAGUUUGGUGUCUCUGGAACGAUUAUUUCUUGAUGGUAACAAGAUUAAUGAGGUAAGUACUUUGAUUUCUUUACUUGGGGCAUUGCUGGAGUUACCAUUAUUAAAAUUUGUUGGACUUUACGGUUGUGUUACACAUAAUUAUACAUCUCUUAUCGUGGAAUCUCAGGAGUACUUAACCUUACAACGUAAAGGUGUUGUAAUUCAUCUUUAA